AAGGUAGAGGUAAGAGUGGCCGGCCUCUAUCAUUCUCUCACAAACACAUAAGAAUACAACAUCAAUGAAUCACCAGGUUGAUGACCAAACAAGGUUACUGCCCUAUCCUGGCAUCUACAGCCAAGAAAUGCUACAACAAGUGGGUUUGGUGGAGACAAAACCACGGCGCCAACGUAAGAACAAGAAAAAAGGAGAGGCCAGUGGCAGCAGCAUAGGGAAGAGAAAGCUUAGCCAGGAACAAGUAGAUUUCCUAGAGAUGGAAUUUAGCCAUGAACAUAAACUGGAGUCAGAGAGAAAGGACCGACUUGCUUCCGAACUUGGCCUGGAUCCUCGCCAAGUGGCUGUUUGGUUCCAAAAUAGGCGGGCUCGCUGGAAGAGUAAAAUGAUUGAAGAGGAAUAUUCAAAGAUGAAGUCUGAACAUGAAACUGAUGUUGUCCAGAAGUGCAUGCUAGAAUCAGAGGUGUUGAAGCUUAAGAGGGAACUAGUUGAAGCAGAAAAAGAGAUACAGAGGCUAAUGGAGAGGGGGGAUGGGAUUGUGAGCAACAGCCCAGGCAGCUCAUCUUUCUCUAUGGACACCAUGGAACAACAGUUUCUUGGGGGAUUUGGAAUGAAUGAGUUGGAAAAUGUUUUCUAUGAGCCUGAAAACAUUAAUUAUCAUGGAAUAUUGUGGGGUGAUUCUUUUUAUAUAUAAAAUUAUAACUAAAAGGAAUCUAUCUAGUUACUUAUGUAGAUAGUCAUCAACUUAUCUCAUGUACAAAAUGUUUAUUGAAUGAUAUCUGCCUAGUGGUGGUUAGACUGUGAUAUUAUGAAAUUAUAGACUAUAAGGAGUUAAGGACUAAUUAUCA